AUGAGUUCGGACGCGGUGAUUGCCACGAACGAUGACGCGACGAUAUGCAAACGCAGUGCUGUGGAUAUGGGGUACUGGAAAGACGAAGCCCUGGCUAGUCUCGUGUUGUCGAAAACGCGAAAAACCCCCGAGAUCAACCGCGGUUACUUCUCGCGAGUUGCCUCCAUUUAUCGGUUAGUGGAGAAAUUCUUGCGGAUGAGUGGCAAGUGCCAAAUCGUGAAUUUGGGAGCCGGCUUCGACACGCUGUUUUGGCGCCUGAAAGCCGACGGGCAUCAUUUGGAUUGUUAUGUCGAGAUCGACGUGUCGCCCGUGACGAGCAAGAAAAUUGCCAAAAUACGGAAUUCGAAGGCAUUGUUGACUGGCAUUGUGAGCGGAGAGUCUGGAGAUGACAUUGAGUUCAAUGUGUCCGACCUCCAUUCUCAACAUUUCCAUAUCGUCAGCGCUGAUUUGUCGAACACUCUACAGGUGGAAGCCAAGCUGAAGAAAUGUGGUGUGAAUUACGGAUUGCCAACGUUGUUCCUGUCAGAAUGUGUUCUCGUGUAUUUGGAUACUCCUAGCUCUGAUUCCCUAUUGAAGUGGAUAACGUCAUCUUUCGAAUCCUGUUUCUUCGUCAACUACGAACAAGUAAACCUCGACGACAAAUUCGGGGCAGUGAUGGUGCGGAAUUUGCAUAGCUGUGGCUGCGUACUCGCCGGAAUAGACAGCUGUAAAGACAAGCCGUCUCAAACACUACGGUUUCUGAACUCCGGUUGUACAGGGGCCCAUAUUUGGACCCUGAACGAAGUUUACGAUGGCUUGCCUAGAGAGGACAUUGAGCGGAUCGAGCGUCUAGAGUUUUUAGAUGAAAAGGAGCUGUUGGUACAGCUGUUGGAGCAUUAUUGUUUGUGCACUGCGUGGAAAGACCCGAAAAAAUUUGGAUUCGACGAGAUCGAUUUUAAGUAG